GUGUAGGUAAAAGCUCUUUUGGGCUCCUUGUGAAUGCAUGAUAAGCUGGAGUGCUCUCAAAAGUUAACUCAAGACAGUGAUUUUUUUGUGGAGUCCAUGUGAGGUAGUUGGACAUUGGAGGUGUUGUGUUUACAAGAAAAUCAAUAGUCAAGGAUUUUACUCUAAUCAGAGUGAGACACAAAAGUCCAAGGGUAGACGGAUAAACUGACCGACUUCUGGGGUGGACUGGACUGAGUUCGCUCAUAGUCCUUUUUAAUUUCUCUCGAGUAAACCACCCAACGACAACAAAAACUAGUGUGCAGAGAACAAGAUUCUUCUGGAGGAGGAGAGAAAGCUAUGGCUACCAACAUGAUGGGGUUGGUGUUUCUGUGUAGCUUCGUUGGGAUGCUUGCUACACUAACAAGUGCCCAGCAGUAUUUUAUCGUUGCACCCAACGUCAUCCGAGUCGACGUCGAGGAAUCCGUCCUCAUCAAUCUUGAAGGCAUCCCUCAAAACGCAGUCGUACAGGUGACUUUGUACUUCCAAAUGACCGGAUCAAAUGAACGACUAUCGGAGAAAAGAGUCCAUGUCAAAGAUUUCAGCCACCACGCCAGUAUCAAGAUCAGCAGGGACCAACUCCCUGGGGAAGACACCAAAACCAAUAAGUUCAUCACUCUCGUUGUCGAGAGCAGCUCGCCCGAAAUCCAGUUUGAGAGCAGACAACCAAUCCUCCUGAGUAUGAAGUCUGGGUUUGUCUUCAUUCAGACGGACAAGCCGCUGUACACACCUUCACAGAGAGUGGAUAUCCGCAUCAUCACCUUGAACCAGAAGAUGUUUCCGGAUGAGAAUCAGCUUCGAGUAGACAUCGCCAGUCCAGACGGUAUCGUUGUCCACCGAGAAGAGAAAACGGCCGAUAAAGGAUUCGUCAUAAUGCAGUUUGACUUUCCCCCAGUCCCGGUCUUUGGUAACUGGAGCGUCAAAGUCUACUACGGCCACAAUUUUCAAGCAAAUACCUUCGUCCAGUUUGAAGUGAAAGAGUAUGUGCUACCCACCUUUGCAGUGCAAGUGAUGACACAACAAGAGUACGUUCUGCCUGAAACCAGACAGCUUUUCACUCAUGUAACCGCAAAGUAUAUUUUUGGGGAGCCUGUGAGUGGCAGGUUUCAUAUUAAGUAUGGCGUCUUCAAUGAUGAUGGUAACCUUACAAUACUCCAGGAGAAGGAUGGCACGCUCCAGGACACUGGUAUAGGAUAUGAAGAGCUUACAGUCAGCAGCAUACGAGGCGAUCUGGAGUCUCUGAUGGGGAAACGUCUCAUCAUCCAAGCCUUUGUGACGGCCUCGGCCUCUGGGGAGACCAUCAACGCAAACAAUACCAGGGUCGCCUUCACCAGGACACCCUACCAGUUCAACUGGGACAGCACUCCAAGGUUCUUCAAGAAGGGGUUGCCGUUUGCCGUCAAGGCUACCAUCCAGUUCAUCAACAAACUUCCCGCCAUGUACGUUCCCGUGGAGAUUUCAGCGACGGCUAUGUUGACCGAUGGAAGUCAGGCAGUGCUCCAGGGGGCAAGGGGAGCCGGCGACCAGCAGGAAGCUGUCAGGCAGAUCUCAGGACUGAGCGGAGAGGUCUUCUUCAGGUUGGAUGUACCCCCAGAUGCUACCCACAUCACACUUCAUCUGAGGACAAGAGAUGAGUCACUGGAUGAGGCUAGUAAUACUGAGAGUACAUUCACUGUGCAGCCGGAAGAAUCGGAGAGUGGUGAAUACCUACUGGUCCGACUUCCCUCAAGACAGACCAGUCAGAUUCUGGAGAUAGGGAGCAACAGCCCAAUUGAGGUGCAGCUCACUCAUCAUUUGAAUGUCGGAACACUCCACUACUUUGUGAUGUCCGGUGGAAAGAUUCUUUAUAAAAACAAGAAGGCUAUUCAGAACGCCAACACAGCUCUUGGUUUCCGGAUCACGAACAAGAUGGCGCCGGUCGCUCGCGUUGUGGCGUACUACAUCAACGAACAGGGUAACGUCAUCGCUGAUGCCCUGCUUGUCCAAGUUGAAGAUCAAUGUGAAAACCAGGUUCUGUUGGACUUCGAGGGCUUGAAUAAAAUUAACGACGAUACAUUCUUGUCCGACGGGAAGAACGAAAAUGUUGUGAUGAGGCUCAUCGCCAAUGAGAACACCAAGAUUGGCGUUGUGGCCGUAGACGAGGCCGUAUUCGCCAUCCGUAACUACCACAGACUCACACAGAAAAAGGUGUUUGAGAGAAUGGCUGGGUAUGAUCUCGGCUGUGGACCAGGGGGCGGACAGACUGCAGCCAAGAUAUUUAAGGAUGCUGGAGUCACUGUGAUGACAGGUGCAAAUCUAGACGCCUUACAAAGAGAAGAACUUGAAUGUCCAAAAGCAGAGAGACGCUCCCGAAGGUAUACAGAUGCAGACCAAGAUGCUAUUCUGAACGAGUACCAGGGAGAGUUGAGGAAAUACUGUCAAAGGGGCCUGAGAGACGUGACGGACCCCAUCAAGUUCACGUGCACCAGGCGGGCCAAACUGCUCGCCAGAAAGGAGAAUAAGAUUUUGACGAGCCCCCAAAUUGAGACCUUCUACGACUGCUGCAAGAGGAAAGAACAAGCCCUAAGAGGGCGCACUGACACCGACGAUGGUGGGACCGAUCCGGUCGAGGUUGACAACGCCGUUGUGCGCACGGACUUCCCGGAGAGCUGGAUGUUCUUUGAUGUAGAGACUGGAGACUCAGAUGUUGUGAGACGCAAAGUUACCGUGCCAGAUAGUGUCACAACAUGGGUGGUAGAAGCCGUGGGCGUGUCCAACGAUUAUUUGAUGUGCGUGGCCGAACCGGUCAAGCUACAAGUCCGACCGCUAUUCUUCCUGGACCUGGCCAUGCCUUAUUCAGUUCAACGCAUGGAGCAGAUCGAGAUCGUUGUGACGGUGUUCAACUACGCAGAUGAUGUUCUGCGGGUAGCGGUCUAUUUGAAGGGUGUUGAAGGCCUUUGCUCUGAGGCUCAACCAGGGGAUCUCUCUCGAGGGAUUGAAAUCAACGUAGUCCCGAAAAAACCUGGCUCGGUCAAGUUCGUCAUAGUCCCUCUGGAAGCCAAGAGCAUCCCGAUUGAAGUGCACGCCGCCACCAACUCAUCAGGAACGUACCGAGACGCCAUUAUGAAAAAACUCAAUGUUCGGCCGGAGGGUUACAAACAACGAGAUACCGUGACGAUAACAGUAGAUCCAGCCAACACGCGACACUCACCAGGACGCACUGAGAAUGGCGGGAAAAAUCAGUCCUACAGUCAUAGCCAGUUCUGGCUGGGAGACAAUGAAAAUAGCCAAAAGGACAUCAUACGAUACUCCUUGCAUAGUGACGCUAUCCCUGGUACCCAUCAAACCCAUAUCAGCAUCAUGGGAAAUAUUUUGGGUAACGUCAUCGACACGGUCAUCAGUGGGUUGGGCGACAUUUUGCAGAUCCCUCGAGGGUGUGGUGAACAAACGAUGAUCACCCUAGCACCCAACGUCUACGUCUACCGGUAUCUGAAGCACACUAAUCAGUUCACGGCUGAGCUGGAGGUGUCCGCUCAGCAGUACAUCGGAGGCGGUAUAACUCAAGAAUUGACGCAUCGUCGUUCGGACGGUUCAUUUUCAGUAUGGGGAGAUAAUUUACAGUAUCCAAGCAGUACCUGGUUGACGGCCUUUGUCAGCAAGGUGUUCUGCCAGGCCAAAGAAUUUGCCUACAUUGAUGGAAGCAUCACCUGUAAUGCUAUGAGAUGGCUGAUAGAGGAGACACAGAAUGACAACGGUGCGUUCGGGGAAUUGUACAAAGUGCAUCACCAAGAAAUGAUUGGUGGUGUGCAAGGUGACGCCUCGCUUACUGCAUACGUGCUGAUAGCUCUUCUGGAGUGUGAAUGUGAAACAGUAAGUAAGACUGACUCUGUUGCUUCAGCUACGGCUUUCUUAGAGGGUCAACUGCAACAAUUGACGAGACCUUACGCCAUUGCCAUCACCGCAUACGCCCUCGCUCUGGCCAAUAGCAACAAAGCUGAUGAAGCUCUCACGAUGCUCAAAGACAUCGCUACGUACGAUAGAGCAACCAAUUAUCGUCACUGGGGAGCAGACGACUCGUCCUUUGGCGCGGGUCCGAAACCAUAUUGGUACAUCAACCGGCCGAAAGCCAUUGAUGUAGAGAUGACAAGCUAUGCACUGCUGGCUUUACUUCAGCUGGACGACCUGCCCUACAGUCAUGCCAUUGUUAAUUGGCUCACGGAACAAGAGAAUUAUGAAGGUGGAUUUGUGUCUACUCAGGAUACAGUUAUAGCUCUGCAGGCGUUGUCGGAGUAUGCUAUCAAGUCCGAGACGAGCAACAUUGAUAUCAAUUGCCAGGUCAGUUGUAUUGAGAGUCAAUUUGAAGAUGAGUUCGUUCUGCAACCGUUCAACGCAAUCGUCAGACAGCACUCUAAACUUGUGAUUCCAGAAAAUGAGCCGGAAUUCCGUGUUCAUUUUGACUCUUCAGGGACAGGAGUUGGCCAGCUGAAGUUUGAGUCAAGCUACCACAUCCCAGAGCCAGACAGUGAAAAGUGUGACUUUUACCUCGACAUUAACGGAGUCGAAGGACGGUCAGGCGGGUCCUUUGAUGAGGAGGAACCUGCACGAGAUAACGAACCGGCCGGCGGAAUCAGCAGGUCAAGGGUCGGAAGGGUCGGACGUUCCAGGGGUAGAAUCGGGGGUCAGCCUACAGAGGAAGUUGAAACCUCGGCCUGGGUUUCUGAUGUCGGGAGAAAGGGACGCGCUGGAGGUGGUGGGGAUGAGUACCUCUUUAGGUACAACAUCAAAGUCAGAUACUUGAAGGAAGGGCAGGCAACUGGGAUGGCCAUUCUUGAUGUUGGACUGUACACUGGGUUCUCUCCAAUCAUUAAAGAUCUUGAGGAGGUUAAGAAAAACAGUGCCGGUAACAUCCAACGAUACGAAGUGACUGACCGGUCCGUAAUCUUCUAUCUUAACAGUAUCUCAGACACAAUGGAGACGGUCACAUUCAAUGCCAAGCGUGUAUUCAAUGUUGGAAAAGCUCAGCCUGUUGCCAUCCGUGUGUAUGACUACUAUAACCCUACUGUUGAGUGUGUUAAGUUCACCCAUCCCCAGGACCACAGUGGGGCAUCGAUCAUGUUAAACACCCUGUGUGAGGGAGAUGUGUGUGCUUGUGCAGCAGGGCAAUGUGCACAGAACGCCUACUCAAAAGAAUCUGAUUUUCAAGGUCUGAAAGCCAAGGCUUGUCAAUCUGCAGAGCAUUUCGCAUAUGAAGUGGAAGUGGUGUCGUUCAAGCAAAAGGGUAACUUCCAGUACUCUACAAUGACUAUUCUGGCUCCACUCAAAAACGGUCUUGAUCACGUGACCAAAGGGGCAAAUCGAACCUUCUGGAAGAGCAAGGCGUGCGGUAAACCUGAACUAAAGAAGAAGAGACACUACCUGGUGAUCGGAGCUGGUGGAUUGCCGAUUAGAAACAACGUGGGCCAACCUAGCUAUAAAUACAUAAUUGACGAGAGGAUGUCCUUCUACGAGUGGCCGACCGGCAAAAAAGCCGAGAGCAGAAAAUGGAAGGGUAUUCGUGCAAAACUGGUCGCUCUGAAGGAAGACUUAAUCACCGGGGAUGGAUGCUUAACUUAAACGUCUGUUUUAAAUUCCUGUUCUUCAUAACUGUGUACAAAAAGGAUGGAGCCGACGGUACUUUAACUGCCAUUACUGUUAUUACCUUAUAGACCUUAGUCACAUUGUGGCCAUCUUGAUUUUACUCCAUUCCUACUCAUUGUAACCAAACUGAGGCUGGACGAAAUAAUAGUCUGGUGCCAUGCACAAAGAAUGUUAGCAUUUGAUACUGUUAAGGAAACAGGGUAACAUGAGCAAGAUGGUGACCACGUGAUAAAGGUCUAUUGACAAAACUAAUCAACUGCGGUGUCUUUGUGCAUAAUCUGGGCACUGAAGACACCACAGCAAUGACACGCGGUGCUCAAUACUUGCGCGCCCAGAUUGGUGUAUAGCCAGAAGUGUAUGAAAGACUUGCAUGCCCUCCAACUGUCCCUAGCUGUAGAGGCUGUCCCUAUUUUGGAGAAUUCCAAUGUCAAAAAUAGUGAUCGGACAUUCCCUAACUCUGAAAAUCUUGUAAUAUUAAAAGCAACCAAAAAUGUGAUGUGAGUUUGGUAAUGAAACCGUCCUUCAUAAUAGACCUUUAUCACGGUGCAGCCAUCUUGAAUUUUGCCCAUUGAUAUCAAUGUUACCAAACCGAGGCUGGAAG